AUGAAAUGGAGGUUGUUUGUUUUCCUUUUUAUUAUUUGUCUCAAUGUAGUAAUAGGAAAGGAAAGUAGCAGAUUAAACAAGUUGGAGUGUCAAGGAAUUUUUAUAAAUAAAGAAAAAGAAAAUGAAAUAAAUAUUUUGGAAAACAAUUUUAAUAACUCUUAUUAUGUUAUAUAUAAAAAUGGAAGUGAUGGGAUAUAUAAUUCAAAUGAACAUUUUAAUGGCUUAUCAAUUUUUUUCAAAAAUAAAAAAGAAAAUUAUGAGCAUGUUAAGAAAAGUAUAUAUUUGAGUUUGUUGAAAAAAAUAUAUUACUAUCCUUUAUGGAAAUUAAAUUAUUUAAAAAAAAAAAGACAAAAUAAUUAUUUUUUUACUGACCAUGACAAAAUAAGUAGUACAUCAUCAGACACUUCUACAGAUGCUAUAGAAAUGUAUUUAUCAAUUUUAGCAAAGAAUAUAAAUAGUUUAUAUGUUAGUGAUAAAGAUAUGGUUAAACUAUAUGAGGGGUGUACCAACUUUUUGGAAUUUGAUAAGGUGGAUAAGGUGAAUAAGUUGAAAGACUUGGAAAUAAACAAAGAAAAUGUUGUAAAUAGUAGAAGUAAAAAAAAUGUUUACAAAAUAUGCAAACACUGCUUGUCCCAUAAGUACAUGCUAUUAAACUGGAUUGAUGAUGAGUAUUUUAAAAAAAAAAGUAAAGAAAAAUCGAACAAUUUUAGUGACAAACAUAGGGAGGGUGAAAAUUUUGAAAAAAAAGAUGUAUGGUCAUUUAUGUAUGUAUCAAAGACUGAUUUAGUAAAAGCUCGAUUUUUAUUUUAUAUUAAAAAUUAUUUUUUUAAAAUAUUAGAAAAAAAAAAUAAAGAAAUAUACACCCUUUUUAGUUCAUUAAUAAAAAUGAAAAUACUUAAAGAUGUAAAUGUAUCAAAGUUUGUAGAGAAGAGGGAAAAUGGACAAGGUGUAGUUAAUCAUAUUUUUCAAGUAUCUUUUAAUAUGUACACAAAAAAUUAUAAAACAAUUGAUAGCUUGUCAUUUUUUUUUUCAAAAUUUUCAUGCAAAGAUAAAAUGAAUAAAACAUUUUUUACAAACAGUUUUUUAAAUAACAAUAUUUAUGUAUAUAGAAAUGGAGAGAAUGAUUAUCAAAUAAGUUACUUCAAUUGGAUUUACAAAGUUGGUAUAGAAACAGGAUUAUAUUUUUUAUCAUUUAUAUAUUUGAAUGUUUCUAAUUUUAAUUGGGAUGCUUUGAAAAAAAUGGAUGUACAUCGAAACAAUUCAAGAAGUUGUAAAUUUCUUUUGCAAUAUGAACUUGAUAAUAUUCCAGUUUUGUUCCGAGAUAAUUUAUUUUUUAAAGAUGAUUAUGUAAUGUAUAAAUCAGACAGAUGUGAAUUAAUUUUAAACAAAGGAAUAACAAAUGUUGAUAUAUAUAAAGAAAUAAAAAAUGAAGGUAUUAAUAAAAGUACCAAAACAAAUAUAGAUAUAAUAUAUUCGAAAAAGUAUGUACCGAAUACAGAUACAUGUAAAGCUAUAGUAGUUGAAAUGUUUUCUAAUAAUAUUAUUGUUGAUCCAGAAAAAGUAAAAGGAAUAGAUGUAACUUUUACAAAUACAGAAAAUCAUAAAGAUAAAUCUGUACAUAUAAUAUCUAAAUAUUAUCAUAAAAAAUUAUCAAACAACUUUGAAGAAGAAAAAAAAAAUUAUUUGACAAGAUUUUCAUAUGAUAUACCUAUUGAUACAAGAUAUGUAUCAACUUGUUAUUCAGACAAUAUAAAAUAUAAUACUAAAGAGAAUAACAAUUUAUGUAAAAAUUAUGAUGUUGUACUUAUUUCAAAUGGUAAACUAUUUUUAAGUUGUGAUAGCCAAAAUGAAACCAAUACAAACAUGAUAAAAAAUAAUAACUUUAGCAUAUACGCUGAUGUAAAAAAUGUGUAUAUAUAUGAGGAAGAAGAUAUUAUAUCAAUACACACAUUAGAUUAUUAUAUUUUCAUGAAUGAAAUUUCAUUUUACUCUCUUUGUUAUAAUUCGGAUAAGGACAUGAAAAACCAUAAAGUUGAUCAAUCUAAUUAUAGUGAUGAUCUAAAUAUAAAAAAUUUUAUUUAUGCCAGAACACCAAAUAGUGAAAUAAAUAAAAAACAGAAAAUAUUUAAUUUUUAUAAAAUUCAUUCAAAUAAAAAAUUUGACUAUGAUGCUAUUGAAAUAAAUAAUUUACAAAAAAUAAAUACUCCAACAUAUUUUGACAUAAUUUAUAAAAAGCCAUAUUAUUUGGAUGUUGCUUAUGUUUAUUCUAUCCCUAGAGGGAAUGCAAAUUAUUAUUACAUUUUAUGUAUUUCUUCUUUUGUUUCAAUUUCUCUUAUUAUAUUUACUUUUUAUUUAUGCUAUAAAUUUUCAUAA